AUGUUUCCACCACAAAAACAUACAAUGAAGACAUCCAACAAUUACCUAACCUUUUUGGCUGUUUGUUUAGUUUCGGCAAACAUUGCAUUUGUCCAUGGGGAUAUAUCAGAUCUACAAAACGAUAAAAUGAAUUGUAUUACUUGGUGUACUUUAAAUGUCCAAGAACAAUCGAAAUGUUUAAAUUUGUCUGCAGCUAUCGAUAGAGAUAGACAGAGAUUUGAGCCACAAGAUUUUAUGGAACUCGUUUGCAAGCCGGGACUUAAUAAAGAUGACUGUAUGAUGAAGUUAGAGAACAACGCAGCAGAUAUUUUGAGUUUAGACGCUGGAGAAGUAUAUGUUGGUGGCCGAUAUAAUGGUUUGAUACCAUUAAUGCAACAAAUAUUUGAAGAUGGCUCUACUGAAUAUUACUCUGUUGCUUUAAUAAAAAAGAACACUUUAGAAGACGUGUAUAACCUUGGGGAUUUGAAGGGUAAAAAGGCUUGUUUUGCUGGGGUUGGUACUCAAGCUGGAUGGAAUGUACCAAUAAAUACUCUUAUUUCUAAAGGCUAUAUGAAAAUUGUUGACUGUAAUAACCAUGUGAAAACUACUGUAGAAUUUUUUGGUCACAGUUGUGCUGUAAAUUCAUUAAGUGCCAAGUACAACCUAAUGGGUGAUAAUUCUGCCCGUUUAUGUACUCUAUGCGCCAGCAAAGUUUCUGGCCAAAAAUGUACAUCAAACGACCCAUAUGCUGGUGACGAAGGAGCGUUCAGAUGUUUAAUUGAGGCAGGUGAUAUCGCAUUUUUACGACAUACAACUGUAUUGGAAAUGUUAAAGGAUCCAUCAUUAUUCAGUAAAAUCAGAGAAGACGAUUUAGAACUAUUGUGUGUGGAUGGUUCAAGACAUUCAAUCAGUGAAUUCAAUACCUGUAAUUGGGGACCAGUGCCAACUGAUACUAUUAUGACCUCAUCUACCAAAACAUCUUCUGCUCGUAUUUCAUAUCAAAGAUGGCUACGGAAAGUAAUUGGAUUAUAUGGAAAACCAACAUCCGCACAACAGUUCACAUUUAGGGCUCCUGACAUAUACUGGGCAGGAGAAUCCAAUCAACCUCAGUCUCAAAUAAACAACAAUAUUACCAACAGUUUUGAUUUAUUUGAUUCUUCAGCUUAUGACAAUCACCACAAUCUUUUGUUACAGGACUCAACAAGAGGUUUACGACCUAUAAAUGGAACCCAACAAACAUAUACAAGUUAUUUAGGAGAAGCAAUGAACAUUAUACACGGAUUACGGUAUUGUCCUGUUUCCAAAAUGACACUCUGUGUAACGUCUGAGCCAGAAAUGGAUAAAUGUAUUAAAAUGAAGUUGGCAUUAAAAGUUCAACUUUUGGUUCCUGAAUUGCAUUGUUUCCGAGGUUACAGUCAAGUCUAUUGUAUGCAAGCCAUUAGAAAUGGAAAUGCAGAUGUUGCAGUGAUGGAUGCUGGCGAUAUUUAUACCGCUGGACUGCAUUAUGAUGAAAUACCAUUUAUCACUGAAGUGUAUGAUCUACCUGAACCAGAAUAUUAUGUUGUGGCUGUUGCAAAAGUAGAGGACCGGGAUACUGAAAUAUCAUUUUUAAAAGGUAAAAUGACAUGUCACCCGAGUUUAUAUUCUGGUGGUGGAUGGAUUAUACCAAUGGCAUUUUUGAUGAAUAAAGGGUGGAUACGAAGUUAUGGAUGUGACUCAAUAAAAGCUGCCUCUGAAUACUUUAGUAAAUCUUGUGUACCCGGUGCAUUAAGCAAUGAAUUUAACUCAGGUUUACCUUAUUAUAACCUUUGUCAACUAUGUAGAGGUUCUACUUAUCGGUACUGCAAACGUGAUUCCACUGAAGACUUUUAUGGCUACACAGGAGCCUUAAGGUGUUUGGUCGAAGGUGGUGGAAAUGUAGCUUUUGUCAAACAUACCACAGUGUAUGAGAAUGUAGGUGGAAGACGCAAACAGUUGUGGGCAAGAAAUACUUUAACUGAUGAUUUUGAACUUCUGUGUCCUGAUGGCAGAUCAUCAGUUCAUGAUUACGAGAGGUGUAGCUUGGGUAGAGUCAAAGCUAACGCUGUUAUAACUCGUGGAGGUGAAGCUUAUAAUCAUACCGAAGUGAUUGCAUUCACCAAUCUGUUAAUGGCUGCCCAGCAGUGGUAUGGCAGGAAAUCUGUUGACAAGUUUACUUUUAGCAUGUUCGAGUCACCAGAACCGUACAGUGAUCUUAUUUUCCAGGAUGCAACCCAGCAUCUUCUAUCCAUUGAUAGUUCAAUAAGACAUUAUUCCGAGUGGUUAGGGGAAAAUUUCAUGCUGGCACGUCGUCUUGUUGACUGUCGCGCACCCGGUAGUAACCUGUAA